AUGGACGGCGCAUAUGGCCCGUUCGAAGUGCCCGACUUCUGGCGCAAGUCGGCAUUCGGUCUGUCUGAUGCACCUGAACAGACUUUGUUCACUAACACGCAGUUUGAACUGCCCUUGAUCAACGACCACUUCGCCCUUGAACUACGGCUUCCGACUAUCGAGGACUUUGAAUCCGGGAAACUCGACGACCUAAGCGCUCCGGCGAACCCCAAAGAGGAGCCAUCUGUCAGCACCCAAGACACAUCCGUACCAAGUCUACCUGAUGGACUCGAUACCUUGUGGGAGCUCGAUCUCAGGACGGCGAAGAACACAUCUUUGCGCACAUGGGAAGCCUUUGCCGAUGACUCUCAUACGGACGCGCCGAUCUCAAACAUCUCUGAAGCCGGCCCGCGCGCCUUUGAUGCUCUCCAGUCCGAAGACACACAAGUUCUACAGUCCGCCUUCGCCCUCAGAUGUCUAGCUCUGCUGGGUCUCGGGCGGUCAUCUGCUCUGUUUCAAUGGAAGAAUGAUAAAAAGAUAUUUGCGCCAACCAUAGACAACGUGCGACUUUCUGGUCUAAGCAGUACUGCCUUCAAGAGCGUAGUCGCUCAGCUGUCCACCGUCGGUACCGCUUUCAUCGAGCUGAGACUGUUUGUCCAAUCCUCAUAUGCCAACAAGAAUCCUCUGGCAUCUCGUGUCGCUCUUGCGAAAAGUAUCCAGGGCGUACUGGAAGUUGUUGACCAGAAUAUGUCCGACAGAGUAUUAAAUGCUCCGUCCACCCUACGGCUACUGGCCUUCUUCGAUGCUCCAGCCAUGCUGCUGACUGAAAUGAUACAAAUCACCAAAACAACCGCUCACGCAAGCACCGACGCGACAUUCUUAUCUGCUUGCCACCAGAUAUUUGAGCUUUUCACGAGUGCAUGCUCCCCAUUUCAAUCACUCUACGCAGAGAUACUGAACCAAGUCUCACGGCCAUGGUUUCAAGCGAUGUGUCAAAAGACUGGUCUUGUGAACGACAGCUUGGACGUAGAGAUUCUUGGAGGAGAUGAGACAUUGGAGCGUAGCGCUCACGUCUCAGCUGAAAACAGUGCGCAAAUCACUGACCUCAUGACUGGCAUCGCUGUAUUGCGAAAUUCUGCAUCCGACCAUCCUCUUCUAUCACCUGCUUCAUGGGGUGUUGAUCAGCCUGACUUGGAAUUAUCAACGAUAGACGUAGACAUUGAUCGCAUUUCCAGAAAGGCGAACAAGUAUCAACAAGAUCUGCUUCUUGCGAUAGCAAAAUAUACGAAUGGACGCUCAAAGCCACACGAUAGACAGUCUGACGAAACGACAGAUCAUCUCACGUCAGAGCAACUUCCAUGGAGCCUCGAUCAAGGUCAACAAACAUACUUCGAAGACGUGAGCACACAGUUCUUCGAAGACCCUAUCAAGAAGGUCGACGUUUCUGAUUUACAACGUUUGACUGCGGCAAUACUCCUUGAGACAGCCGGCACGCAAGAUGCAUCAUCCCUUGACCUCCGGCGUCCCACGAAGACAAUGAUGCAACAUUUGCAGCCAUAUCUGCACGUGCAAACUCGACUAUUGAACGGCACCCUUCUUCGCCUCUUAUUCCGCCGGUUCUCACUUCGCGAACACUUCAACCUGAACCAUUCGUUCCAUCUUCUAGGAAAUGGCCUGUUCGUUCAACAUCUCACUGCUGCAUUGUUCACCUCAGAAGCCAGCGCAUAUGGAUUACGUCUGGACAAUCGCUCCAAGCAAUGGCCUCCUGCUUCUUCAGAGUUGAGACUUGGACUUAUGGGUGUAUUAUCUGAAGCGUAUGGCUCUAACGAUAUACCUGGCAAUCUCUCCUUCGCCAUCCGCGAGCUCGAAGAUGCAGAGAUUGAGAGAUGUCUUGACGCUAACAGCAUUCACGCGCUCGACUUUCUACGCUUGAGAUAUGAAGCUCCUGCACCGCUUGAUGCUAUACUGGAUGACAAGGCGAUGGUCAAAUAUGACGACUGCUUCCGUGUCUUAUUGGGUGUGCUCCGGAUGCUUCACUUUGUCAUUUUGCUCCGCGGCAGUGCACAGCGAAGAGACAGCUCAACUGCGUCACAGGCUUUUGCGCAUGAAGCUUGGAGCUGUGUGUCGAGCCUUGCAUCCUACUUUUUCGAUGUUGGAAUUGCUAGUCCUUGGAAAGAGUUCCAGCAGGUACUUGAUGAAAUCGAAACGAACCUUGCUCUUGAGGACGAGACUGAGACGUUUGGUCAGAUGGUCACAUUUGGUUUGACACAUCUCCGCAACAAACAUAACGAUAUGCUUGAUACGAUUCGUUCUAGGCUCUUCCUCCGCUCGAGACAUAACAAGUUACGGGCCACUAUUGAGAACGUCUUUGGCUUUAUCCUUAGCGUCCGACAAGAUGAUCAAGACCAAGAAGUGCUCUGGAAACAGCGGGACAGACUUCGGGAGAUGGUGAAGGGUCUGAAGAGUGACUUGCAAGAGCUCACCAGGAAGGUUGGCAAAAAGAAGGAUAUGAGUCCGCAGGACAGAGAUGAUGUUUUUGCGGCUGAUGUUCUGGGAUUCAGACUUGGUGGUGUUGAGCUUUAG